CCCCGCACAGACCAAGAGAGAGAAGCCAUGGAGAGUUGUUUCUCCCUGCCUUUGCUUCUCUCAAUCACCUUCUUCAUUUCAAUCUCUCUUCACUACCUCUUUCGCAAACUCAAAACCCACGGCCACCUCAAUAUUCCCAGUGUCAAAAAUUCUCCUCGAAAUGCCCCUCUCCCACCGGGAUCCACCGGGUGGCCCUUCAUCGGCGAGACUUUCCAGUAUCUCUCAAUGGCAAGAAAAGGCCUCCCGGAAAAAUUUAUAGGCGAUAGGAGGGACAAAUACUCCACCAAAGUAUUCAAAACAUCGUUACUCGGGGAACCAAUGGCCAUCUUGUGCACAGCCGAGGGCAACAAGUUUGUGUUCUCAAAUGAGAACAAGCUAGUCCAUUCUUGGUGGCCUCAAUCCGUGGAGAAAAUAUUCCCCCAUUCUAAGAACGGAUUGACCACAAAAGAGGAAUCCAAGAAGCUACGAGAAUUCCUCCCCGCGUUUCUCAAGCCGGAUUCGCUCCGAAAAUACGUGGGAGUAAUGGAUCAGCUCGCGAAAAAGCAUUUGAGUCGUUAUUGGGAUGAUCGCGAGGAAGUUAAGGUUCAUUGCUUGAUGAGGAAGUAUACUUUCACAUUAGGCUGCAAGUUGCUGUUGAACAUCGAUGAUCGUGAGUUGAUAGAUAGACUUGAGGGGCCGUUCAGCAAAAUAACAGCCGGGUUCAUUUCUCUCCCCAUUAACGUGCCCGGAACAAAAUUUAACCGUGCUAUUAGGGCAUCGAGGGAACUUCAUAAGGACAUCAAAGGUAUGAUCAAGAAGAGGAGGAUUGAGCUAUCGGAGAAGGAGGUGCCGAUUGGGGAAGAUAUAUUAUCUCAAAUGGUGGUUGAGAAUGGACAAGUUAUGGAUGAAUGGGACAUGGCCAACAAGAUUCUGGGAUUGCUUACUGGGGCCCAUGACACUGCAAGCAUUGCACUUGUCUCCAUUAUCAAAUUUCUAGCGGAGUUGCCUGAGAUAUAUGAUGGGGUCCUAAGAGAGCAAAUGCAGAUUGCAAAUGAAAAAGGACCCGAGGAGCUACUAACUUGGGGGGACAUAAAAAGGAUGAGGUAUUCUUGGAAUGUUGUAAAUGAAGUGUUGAGGCUCUCACCACCCCUCCAGGGAACUUUCAGAGAAGCCAUUACCGACUUCACGUACGAAGGGUUCCUUAUUCCCAAGGGAUGGAAGAUACAUUGGAAUGCCUACUCCACACACAAGAACCCGGAAUACUUCCCGGAUCCGGAGAGGUUUGACCCGUCUAGACAUGAAGGCGAUGGACCGCUGCCUUAUUCGUUUGUUCCGUUUGGAGGAGGACCACGGAUGUGUCCUGGGAUGGAAUAUGCCCGAUUGGAAAUACUAACUUUCUUGCAUAAUUUGGUGACCAAGUUCAGGUGGGAGAAGGUGUUCCCGGAUGAGAAAAUCAUAAUUGAUCCGAUUCCAUUGCCUGCUAGAGGACUUCCAAUUCGACUUCAUCCUCACAAAAUUCAGAAUUCUUAAAUAAUCACAUGAAAUUGAGUACCCUUUCUCCGCGAUUGCCUGUUCCCUGGUUCAACUUGUGUAGUAGAACUUCAUCCUUUCAUUUUGAAUUCAUCUUUGUCAGACAAUUUCCAGUAAAUGGGGCAAUGCUACUCAUCAGACACCUCACAAAUACACCACGUAAUAGCGUGAGUUCUGCUACCUAUUUUGACGAUCUAAACCGUUUCGUUGUUAGGCCUCUUCAUGUAAUUUGUUGGAUACUACUAGCAAUCUGGAAAAUUACAUUUCUUGGGAAAAUUGGGCCAUUAUAAUUCUCACCAUUCAUCAACUGAUUGGAAUCACGUACGUAUUGAUAUUUGAUCAAUCUAAUUUAUUGCAACGAACAAGUUACACGUCGGGACUGAGAAAGUGAACGGCUCGGAUGGUCAUAACAAGCUGUGGGACCCAACACUUUAU